UAGAACCGCAUCGAAGUGAAGACAAGAAACACAAGAGAUCGACCGACACCGAGCCACAGGAGACCGUGUAGGUUUGAUUUUAGCGAGCCAGAGGGAGGGAUGCAGGGCGGGAAGAGCUCGAGCGCGGUGGGCGCGGCCAAAGAGGCGGUGGCGAACGUGGGCGCGUCGGCGUGGGCGGGCAAGGAGAAGACCAAGGCCGUGGUGCAGGAGACGGUGAACAAGGCCAAGGCGCACGACCCGGCGGCCAAGGCGGAGGCGGAGGCCAGGAAGCAGGAGCGGAUCCACGAGGUGGAGGCCGCCAAGCGGGACGCCAUGCGCCACAACGCCGCCGCCAAGGAGCACGCCACCGCCGCGUCCUACCACCCCACCCCCGGCUCCGCCGUCGAUGCCCGCGACGUGGAGGUGGAGGGCGCGGCCGCCCCGCGCGCGGGGAGCAGCGACGACGGCUACCUGCCGGUGUCGGGGGCGGGGCACGCGGUGGGCGAGGGCGGCGGUCACCAGCUGCCCGUGCGUGGCACGGCCGGCGGCCACUCCGCGUGAUGACGGGACUCCAUCCGAUGUGUUUUGCAUGUGACUGGCUUGGCAAAUAGCUAGUGUAGUACCUUGUGUGUUUGUUACCGCUCUUAUAUUUUUUUAGCUCUGAAGAGCUGUGCUUAUUAUGUUGUGAUUCGUGAAAUGAGUUUUUUUUCCGAGUGGAAGUGUGAAAUGAGUCGCUAUAUAACGGAGAUCCCUCUGGUUCUGAAUUCUGA